AUGUCAGCAGGAGGAUCAAAUCGACAGCGUCCAUCACCGGAAACAGCACACCAAAUUCACCACAAAAUCGCUUGGAAAGCUAUUAACAUCGAUGCAAAACACGUGAUUUUUCGGUGCGACGGCGUCUGCAAAGACGAUCCGAAGUAUAAUGUACAUAUAUUGGGUGAUCCGAGGAAUCCAUUAACAAGAUUUCGCAGUGUGGAAUCGAUCGACCUUCCACUGCCUUCUUUUGUUCUGGACAAUAACUCGGUUGGACCACAACCAAAGCGUGAAGUUUCCAUAUUUGGUUUAAACGACAACAUAAACCAUACAUUUUUGACUGAUAUGUGCCAAAAGACAGGUCAAGUUAUUGAAGUAUUCGUAUAUAUGCAUCCUAGAACAAAAAAACAUUUGGGUAUGGCAUACGUUGUCUUCCAGGAAGUCGGCAAAGCUGAAUCUUUUGUUGCAAAAAAUAACGGUACUUCAGUUAUGGGGCAAACAAUUACAUGUAUCGUUGAUCCAUAUGCGAAUGAAAUAAGUCGACGCUAUGAGGAGCGAGCAGUGGAAGCAGCACCAAUACCUCGUUACUUAUCACGCUUAGAUCGUGAUAGACUAAUUGAAUUUCGAAAGCUCAACUCCAUAAGUACAUCUGAAUAUAAAAGCACUAUCACAAGUCCAUCUGUUUCUGUCAAUGCUCAACAUUCCAUUGAUAUUAAAGAACCAGAAUCAACGCCGAAAAAAGAGUCUGACGAAUCUGAAGUGGCAGUUCAUCACGAUAAAGAUCGACAAAUGCAUCAGCAGUCGGUUGAAGCUUCGUUGACAAAAACAGUACACAUCGAAAAUGUAAUACCGCCUAAUGAACGUUCGAUAGUCUCCACAGUAGUCGGACACUUUGCCCCAUCGACAGCAUCUCCUUCCAUUACAAGUUCGUGUCCGCCGUCAACAGCAGUUCAAGCAGCAAAUCAACCAUUCUGUUCCCAUAAUUUCUUGUCUCACCAACAUCCUCAGACACCAUAUACUUACUACCAUUUGAUAUCACCCAGUCCUGUAUCUCCUCUUUCAAAUUUUCCACCAGUUUCACCUUCCGCCAGCGUUUUUUCACCACUGCCGCCUCUUCCACCAAUAGCCCCACGAAUGCCAUUUCCUGCAUGGUCUAAUGUACCGCCACCACCGCUGCGAACUCCAGCAGCUAAUUCCUGGCCAAGGGCAAAAGCAGUUGUAUCGACUCUAGUUGAGGCUGCUCAACCUCUUUCCAUGGGGAAUCCGGCACCAGCAACACCGAAUUUUGCAUCAACGGCAUAUCAAGCUAUACCAAGUACUUCAUGUUGCGAAGAAAUUGCACCAAUGGAUCCAGCACCCUCAAAAGAAAACGAAGAAAGAAAAAAACCGAAAACAGCUAUACCGAGUGCGCAGAGAAAGCGAAGUGUUCCAGCAAAUGCAAAAAUAAAAGUAAGAAAAAGAAGGCGGCUUCGUGAGUCCACUUCGGUUUCUUCUGCUUCUGGAAGUAACAGUUCGGAGAAUGACGAAAGAAGUGAAUUAAGCGAAGUAAGUUCAGUAGAUAGCAGCAAUACUAUUAAAAGAAAACAUCGACAUCGAAAAAAAGGAAUUAUAGAAGAACAUAAAUAUUACAAAAGGAAAGGAGCAGGCGGAACUAGUGAUUACUACAAGGAAAUUGUAAUUCGGAAGAAUGAUAAUACAAGAAAAUAUUCACAUGAAACUAAAUCAAAUUUACUUCAAUCACCAGAACUUGUGGAAGAAGUGGAAAGUUAUCAACGCAUACGAAAAUAUAAAAAACGGCAGCAAGAAACUGCUGAGCGAGACGAGCAUAUUGUGGAGCCGGAUGUUGAUUUACCAGAUCUAGAAAGCGUAAGUAGUGAAGAUCAGCUUAGUAUGGAGCAGCAAGAGCUAAAAGUGCAAUCACCGCAGUUCCAGGCGAAAAAAAGCCAUGGGGAUAUCUUAUCAAAUAUACAAACUCACCAACAACAGUCCAAACAUGUGGAUUGGCGAAAGAAGCGAAUUAUGGAAAAAAGACGCAAGCAGCGUGACCGCAAAAGUUAUAAAGAUCGAGAAAGUUCUAGUUUAAGUGGAAAUGAAAAGGGUCAUAGAUGGUCUUCAUCUUCCUCAACUACUGAGUCAGAAACAGAAUCUGAUGAACCAAACUCUUUCACGAAUUGCAAAAAGAUACGAAGACGUCCUUCAAACCUUCACUCACCAAAGAGUUCAGAAAUGAUAAAUCUAUCGGAUAUGGUCGAAGCGGUGACUACAAGCAGCGAAGAAUCGCAUGGUGAAGAAGUUGAAACAAGUGGCAUAUCGCAUCAAUUAACAGUACCGCAUAGCUUAAUAAAGAAUGAAUCAACUCAGUCACUACCAAUUCCUAGUGUAAUAGCUUCACCUGAAAAGCUUUCGGGUGAUUCUCCACUUCCAUGCGUUAUGCAAUCUACUCCUCCAGCAGAAAACUUGCGACCUUCGUUUGAACGACGAUUAGAAAAUUUAUUUCGAUCCACUUCAGUGCAACCUCCGAUUAUAGAGACGCAUGAAGAGCGAUCAAACGAUGCAUGUCAUACUACAGUUCCACCUAUUUCAGGCUUUGAUAUGCCUUUUUUGCCACCAAAUACAACACCUAAUGCUGGGGAAUUGAAAGGGACACCUCUGUCCGAAACUGCCCUUAUCAAGCAUGGCAGUAAAAAGAUUUCUGUAGUCAAAUAUCCACCUGAUUUCAAUGCUGUCGAGUCUUGGACAAAUUCACAACCACAAGUAACAGGAAAUUUGAUAUGUCAUGAUGGUACUUCAGAUUCAGUUUCUUUCGAGACUGGUAUAUCUUCUCCUGUGAAUGCGAUUCGUAAUAAGGUUGGGGAGGAAAUUACACAUUUGGAUAAAAUAAUAGGAGAAUGGAAUGAACUGGUUGAGGAUCAAGAAAUAGAAGUCGAAGCUGGAUCGGAAGAGAAUGAGGAACAAAGGGAAUUGGAAGAGCAAAUUUUGGAGAAAAAAGUGAAGAUUAGGGCAGCUCGUGAAAAUUAUGUUCAUGCAGUAUAUGUGGCAGUUCGCGAAGAUCUGAAAAAUGUUUUGCUAAAGGAUUUAAUGCGCAAAAUUGAAAGUGUUGCAUUUGAAAAGUUGGAACAAGGUUGGAAAGAAAAGGAAAAAGUCAAAAUCGUGGAGCGGGAUGAUGAUUCUUUACAAAAUGAGGCAAAAGAUGGUGCUAGCGAUACUCCAAAUCUGACUCUUGAUAAAACCAACGUUCCUUUUGUUAAGCAAACAUUGAGUUCAAAAGAUUCACUAAAUGAAGUGGUCCGACAAGUGACUGAACAAACAAGAGCUGAAAUAUCGGCAGCAUUUGGUCCCGACACAGCGGCAUUGUUGGGCACUGGAUUAUUUUUCAAAGGAUUGGGCAUCGCACGGAAUAUGCCUAGCUUCAAAAAGAAGCAAAUACACUUGUCACCGAAACGAAGACAACGAUUCAGAAGCAGAAGUAGUUGCAGAUCAUCUUGUUCUGCCCAUUCACGUACGAGAAGCGACAGAACUUCAGAAUCAAGUCGAAGCUGUGAAAGAAGUGAAAGUCAAAAUCACAGGAGUGAAAGCAGCUUGGCUGAGGGAAGAACUUCAGAUGAUGAAGAUACCAAAAGUGAAAAUGAACGAAGUGUGAGUGGAAGCGAAUCUAUAUGCUCAACAGGUCGUUCGAAUCGGAUAUUUUCGGGAAAGAAACACUUUGGCUCUGGAACUUUCAUGCCAGUCGACGGAUCAACAAGUGAAGAAGAUGAAGAGGAGGAAAUGGACGAGGAAGGGGAAGAAGAGGAGGAGGAGGAGGAGGAGGAACAGCUGGAAGAACAAAAGCAUGUCGAAAAGGAUUUUGACAAAUCUGCACAUUCUGAAACUGAGGAAAAAGCAAUGUUAUUGGUUAAAAUUGAAACUGAAGAAAGCAAUGGGUGUGACGGAACUGAUUCUUUAAGCAGUUGCACAGCAAUAUCCCAAUUGACAGAACACGAUAAAAUUAACGAAGAAUUGAAAUCAAGACGCGAAAAGGUGCUCGGCGUUGCAAAUAUAGAAGGAUAUUUCAACGAUCACUGCUAUCUUGCCGCGGAAUUAUCGGAACAACUGAAAAAAGAGCUUGAGGAAAGCGUUUCAGCAUGCAGCGAUAGCGAAACGAUAUCCUCGGAGUAUUGUGAAACAAGAAAAUUAGGAAAACCAGAGGAAACACUGACAAAACACAUAAAAGAUAAACCUGGUAUGAAAAUGCAACUGGUGAUAACAAAAGUAAAAAAACGAUGUUAUCGAAAUGAACUUGCUUCGCUACUUCCACCACCUGUUGAUGUGGAACAACUCGCAUGGGAGACAAGUUGGAAACCUGCAAAACAAUGGGAGAAACGAACUCCCGAGGAGGAAAAAAAAGUUUUCUGGAAAUUUGAAAAAGAAGAUCUGGAUGCAGAAGAUUUGAUGUUUUUGGAAAGAGCAUUUCAUGAAAUGCAAAAUGAUGGAACGGCGACAUGGAAUAGGAAAUUGUACUGGGUACCACCGAGAAAAAUGCCAGAAGUCCAUUUAUUGGAUAAACCGAAGAAAAUUGGAAAAAAUAUUUACUAUUAUGAUGAUCCUGAACUGGAAGGUGUAGUACCUCAUUCGUCCGGAUGUGCCCGUACAGAAGGCUAUUAUAAAUUAUCCCACAAGGAAAAGAGAGGUGUUCUACGACGACCGGAUGUUUUCUUAACGGAAAUAAAUGAAAAGGAUGAUGAAAAAGCUCGAUAUUUGGUACAGUCUACACGAGAAGCACGAAGCAUGAAUCGUCGUUUAUUGACAUCAAUGGGUGAUACCUCGUCUAAUAUAUUCAAAGUCAAUCAGCUGAAAUUUCGCAAGAAGCUAAUUAAGUUUGCUCGAUCUCGUAUCCACGGUUGGGGUUUGUAUGCGUUGGAAGCAAUCGCUCCGGAUGAAAUGAUUGUUGAGUAUAUUGGUCAGAAAAUACGGCCGACAGUGGCGGAUGAGCGCGAAAAACGUUACGAGAGACGUGGCAUGGGUUCAAGCUACUUGUUUCGUAUCGAUUCUGAUAAUGUCAUUGAUGCUACACAAAUGGGAAAUUUGGCACGAUUCAUAAAUCAUUCAUGCCAACCAAACUGUUAUGCUAAAAUUGUUGUAGUAGAUGGCGAAAAACGCAUCGUAAUUUAUAGCAAGUUGGCAAUCAAUAAAGGCGAUGAAAUAACGUACGAUUAUAAGUUCCCAAUUGAAGAGGACAAAAUUGAUUGUCUAUGCGGAGCACCGGGAUGUCGCGGAUCUUUGAAUUAG